AUGCCGAAUAACCUACCCAGUUCAAGCGCGACGAGCCGACCCCGCCGGAGCUCGCUGACCGACAGGAACAUCGACAUCAUGCGCGAGCACUGCGACAAGGUCAUAUCAACUCCUAUUAACCAAGAAGAAGCUGUCGAAGAAGCGGAACCCGUGCGCACAAAUAGGCAACACUGGGAGGAGCACGUCAGCGACAAGAUCGAGGGAGACUCCGAACGUACAACGGGACGCGGUGGAGAAAUGACCGAACUCGUCAAGCAAACCUGGCAGAAGUUGUCCCAUUGGAGGAAGACUAACAAGAUAUUCUACUAG